AUGAUGAGGGCAGCCAUCGUCGUCGCGCUGCCCGCGGCGCUCUGCGCCGCCGUGGCACCGUCGCGCGACUUCUACCGCAACGGCACGUCCCUGCCGUCGCUGGGUCCGCGCCCGUACGUCUCGGCCAUCGUCAUGAGCUACAACCAUAAGGGCAACAUCGCGAAGAUCGCCGAGCUCCUGCACGCCGAGCCUGGCGUCGGCGAGAUCGUCGUCGCCGAGGACGGGUCGACGGACGGGUCGCCGGAGGCCUGGCGCGCGCACCUGGCGCCGCGCGACAAGCUCGUCGCGUCGGCCGACGUGCACGAGAUCCGCGCCUACAACGGCGGCGCGCGCGCCGCGACGGGCGCCGUCUACUGCUUCCUCCAGGACGACGACCUGCCGGACGACGCCGGCUGGGCGCGGGAGGUGCUCGCGCUCUUCGAGGCCUUCCGCGGCGCGCGCCUCGGCGUCGUCAGCGGCCUCGCGGCCGAGGUCUGCCAGGUCGAGCUCGGAGAGGUGCAGGUCGACCACCCGGCGGCGAUGAAGAACGCCAAGGUCACGCGGCCCCUGCCCUUUGUGGCGCCGGACCUCGCCGGCGCGGCGCCGGGCCGCGGGAGCCCGCCCUUCGCGUUCGCGACGGAGGCCUGGCUCUCGCCGCUCUGCGUGAGGGCGGACGCGUGGGCCGCGCUCGGCGGCUUCGACGAGACGCUGUCCGCGCCGGGCGAGCCGGGCAUCGGCCUCGACAUCCACCUCUCGCUCCGCGCGGCCGCGGAUUUCGGGUUCACGGUGGGCGCGCACGGCGCGAAGUUCACGAGGGGGGUGGGCGGCCACGGCACCGUGUCGGACCCGGCCAAGGCCGCGCUCCGCCUGCGGAAGCGCAACGAGAUCUCCCAGCGCAUCCGCCAGGUCGCGGGCUGCCGCUGGCCGCCGGAGAUGCUCACCCGGGCCGCGGAGCUCAACGCGCGGUAUUUGCGGCCCCGCGCGGGCGCCGAGGACCAGCGCGCGGCCGUCGAGGCCCAGUGCAAGCCGUUCCUCCGGCGGCCCUGCCCCCCGCGCGGCCAGGGGGGAAGGCGACCGCCGUAA